AUGGCGACCGAGACAGUAUCCCUUCCUUCCAGCGAGCCCGUCACGCCGACACAAAGGCUAUCGAUCCUCCAUGGCCCUGUCGACCCGCCUCUGAUUGACUUGAGCCUGGGCGAGCUCCUCGAACUCCAAACCUACCAUCACGGCACCAAGGAGUGCAUCGUCAUUCCAUGGACAGGCACGAGAUGGACGUACAACGACCUCAAUCAGCAGACGCUGCUGCUGGCUCAGGCCCUGCUGAACCAGGGCAUCGGUGUUGGUGAUCGUGUGGGCAUCAUGGCUGGAAACUGCGAGCAGUAUGCUGCGGUUUUCUUUGCCGUGGCACGAAUCGGCGCCAUUCUCGUCAUCCUCAACAACACAUAUACGCCCACGGAGGCCAUGUACGCUCUGAAGUUCUCCGAUUGCAAGAUCUUCUUCACAACGCAAAAGAUUGGCCGUCUCGACAACGGCCGCCUCCUCGCCGAUGUCAAGUCCCAAGCCCCGAAUGUCAAGGUCUUCAUGCUGCGCGGCGAGGCUGGCCCGUACCAGACCUACAACGACCUCAUCAAGUCGAGUGCCCGCCAAAGCUUUGACGACCUCCACCACGCCAUGAGCAAGGUCGUCCCGCACCAAGUGUGCAACCUUCAGUUCACCAGCGGUACGACAGGCCUGCCCAAGGCCGCCAUGCUCACGCACCACUCCCUCGUCAACAACGCCCGCUUCAUCGGCGACCGCAUGCGUCUCACGCCCUCCGACAUUCUCUGCUGCCCGCCGCCCCUCUUCCACUGCUUCGGCCUCGUCCUCGGCCUCCUCUCCGUCGUCACGCACGGCGCCAAGAUCGUGUACCCGGCCGAAGUCUUCGACGUGCCGGCGACGCUCUCGGCCAUCCUCGACGAGCGCUGCACGGCGCUGCACGGCGUGCCCGCCAUGUUCGACUCGCUCUUCCAGGCGGCGCCCGACGACUUUCGCUCGUCGCGCAUCCGCACCGGCAUCGUCGCCGGCGCGCCCGUGCCCCGCUACCUCAUGGAGCUCAUGGUGCGGCGGCUCGGCAUGCGCGAGUUCACGUCGAGCUACGGCCUCACCGAGGCGUCGCCGACGUGCUUCAACGCCUUCACCGACGACGCCCUCGGCAAGCGCCUCACCACCGUCGGCACCCUCAUGCCCCACGCCCAGGCCAAGAUUGUCGACCGCGACGGCAAGAUUGUGCCCCUCGGCACGCGCGGCGAGCUCUGCAUGGCCGGCUACCAGCUGCAGGCCGGCUACUGGAACAACUCGGAGAAGACGAACGAGGUCAUGGUCCGCGACGCCGCCGGCACGCUGUGGCUGCACACGGGCGACGAGGCCGUCUUUGACGAGGACGGGUACUGCACCAUUACCGGCCGGUUCAAGGACAUAAUCAUUCGAGGCGGCGAAAACAUCUACCCCCUCGAAAUCGAAGAGCGCCUCCUCGCCCACGAGACCAUCACCCAGGCCGUCGUCGUCGGCCUCAAGGACGAGCACUACGGCGAGGUCGUCGCCGCGUUCCUGCAGCGCGCCGAGGGCGCCGACACGGCGCAGCUCUCGGACCAGGACAUCAAGGCCUGGGUCCGGCAGACGCUGGGCGGGCACAAGUCGCCGUCGCACGUCUUCUGGCUGGGCGAGGACGGCGUGCCGGCCGACGUGCCGCUGACGGGGAGCGGCAAGGUGCGCAAGUUUGAGAUGGCCAAGACGGGGGAUGAGAUUCUGAAGAAGAGGAAGGGCGUUGUGGCUGCGAAGCUGUAA